AUGGAUUACCGAAGAAAAAGAAAACUAUCUUUUUUCACUAUUGGAUUAAUAUUUCUGUUAAGUGGAGUUGAAUAUGCUGUUAUUCUUCCCACUGUAUGGCGAUAUCUGCAGUUGUUAGAGGCACCUCCUUAUUUUCUUGGUUUGGGUCUGUCUGCGUUCAGUUUCAGCGGUCUGGUGACAGGUCCAUUGUUUGGGCUCUGGUCAGAUAGGAUCAGAACUACAAAAACCAUCAUCCUCUUCUCCAAUGUGUUUGAAAUUGUGGGAAACUUCAUGUAUUUUAUUGGAUAUUCAAAAUGGCUUCUGUUGUCCAGUCGUCUUGUUGCAGGAAUUGGUGCAGGUGCUGGUUCCUCCAUCUUUGGGUUCCUCACACGGACCACCCUCCCUGAUGAACGUGCCAGAGUCUUUGCUGCUGUUAUGGCGUGUCGUCAGGCUGGACUUCUUAUUGGACCUGCUUUUAAUAUCUUUUUGAGAUUGUGUGAUUUCAAACUGGGUCCUUUUGUUGUAAAUAAGUAUACCUCACCUGGGCUCUUCAUGUGCGCUAUGUGGCUGCUCAUGCAGUUUGCAGUGAUGGGGCUUUACUGGGACGUCCCACCACUGGGCUCCAUCCCUGAGCAUCACACUCCACUCACAGAGGUCAAGCUUGAGGAGGAGGAGCCUCUAAUGGAGGAUGAAGACAGAGGCGCAGGUAUGGACUCGUACAGCUCACUCAACCCAGAGCAGACAGAGACCCAACUGUCAUCGGAAAGCCCAUCUCCUCCUCCAACUACACCUAACCCGUUUGAUAACUUCAGUGCAAGCCAUGAGUUUCUUCGGGAGGAGGUGGUGGUCCUCCUCACUGCUCAGUUCAUCACUCUCUUCAAUCAGACAGCACUUGAGACCAUGGUGACCCCUCUGACGCAGAAGAAUUUUGGCUUUGGUGAACUGGGGAACAGUGUGAUGUACAGCCUGUGUGGUGUGGAGGUAAUUGCGGGCUUCUUCCUGGUGCGCUGGCUGAGCCGUGUUCUGGAGGACCGGGUGGUGCUGGCGGUGGGGCUGCUCAUCUGCAGUGGCGCUUGUGUUUGGUGCCUCAUCUUCCUUGCCAAUCCACAGGGUGGUUUUGCAUUUGUGUUGAUGGAGUUCAUCAUCGGCGUGUUCCUGCAGUUACUGGGACUGCCUUUCGUCGCUGUCUCUCAGGUUUCCCUUUUUUCUAAGGUGACAGCUGAAAAGACACAAGGCUUUAGUCAGGGUGUGAGGCGUUCAGUCGGGGGCCUCGCCACCAUCCUCGGCCCUCUGUGGGCGGGUGGAUUAAUAGGAAAUCUAUAUGUGAUGUUGGGUAUGAUGAUGCUUCUGCUGACCCUCAUCAUGAUCAUGAUGGUGUUGUCCUAUGAGAAGCUGGUGGAGCCGCCCAAGGUUGAGCACGCAGAGGACUCAGAAAAUUGAGGAUAGACACCACCGUUCAUGUCAUAGGAUACAGAGCAAAAGCCCUUUUCUCUCUGCGGUACGUCUGACUGCGUGGCUGUAUGGAGCAGAUGCUGCAGCAGUGGGAGAUAAGAGACCCUGCCAGGAUCAGCAGACCGCGAACAGGCGUGCACACACAUUACAUUUGGUAACAUCCCCUUAAUUCUGACAUCACAUUCUGUUUCAUGCUGCAAAGUAAUGCCCCCGUAUCUAGGCAAAUUAAAUGAACAGUUUUUUGUGUAUUUUAAUGUACCGUGUCCUUUUAAAGUGUAAUAUCCUGAUAUGUUUGUGAUCUUGGUUUUCAAAUGAUAAUACAGAAACAGUUAUUAUAAUAUAAUGGUAAUUAAAAGUAUUAAAUUCAUAUAAAUCUUGUCAACCAAUAAUAAUGAUUUUACUUUAAUAUCAGUCUUUGACAUGGUCUAACUUUGUGUUCACACCAGACCAUUGGCGUUUCGUGACUGCUCCUCCGAGGGGCGCAAAUUCAAAAUAUGUGUUCAGAGUGUCUUGUGUGUUUCUCGUGUGUUUUCAAAAUAUGUGUUUGUUGCGUCAUGUGAACCAUGUGCAUCACGUGUUUUGUCAAAAUAAGUGCCUGCUGCACACGUGUCAAACCGUUUAUGAUAAAAGAGACGCUCACAGUCACAAAAUACACGCAAGACAGUCCCUUAACAGUUAACUCUGAUUACGCAUGAGAUUAUGCGAGUAUCCAGCAAAUGCGAAGGUUUCUUUUAUCAUAAACCCUUUACACGCGUCUGUAGCAGGCACUUAUUUUGACAAGACACGUGAUGCACAUAGCACAAAUUUUGAAAUAAGGAACCACACACAUGACGGGCUACAUACAUGUUGUGACGAACUUCGCAUCGAGCGCCCUCGAAAAAAGAAGUCACCGGCCGCCACUGCACCCGACGUGAAUAAAUUGCGCUAUUCACGCGUAUCGUUGGAUGCUUUAACAUUUUGAGUUAACUCGCUUUACGUGAAAUUCAGAAGCAAAUACGCUCAAUUUCCAGGUUUUAUUUUUUUGAUUAUUAUUUAUGAAAAGUACGAAGAUGUGUUUUACAGUACAGGGUGUCCACAUACAGCGCCGAUUAUUUUGUCCUUUAUUGUUGUUUUGUAUUACCUCCGCUCGCUACAUCGUAAUCACGUCACUACUAGAGCAAUAUCCUGAUAGGUUAACGCAGCACGAAUAACCACCAACAUAAAUAUUUUAUCCAGUGCGAAUCAUGCGUCAAAUGCCGAAACGCUCAAAAACGAUGUCAUUCGCGCCGCUUCAUCCAAGAUGCACAAGAUGUCUAUCACAUCUUUGCAUUGACUUAACAUGUAAAUCACUCGCACUUAAUGUUCAUUCGCGUCUGGUGUGAACGCACCAUUACUCAGUCAAUGUUAAAGAUCUCAAGGUUAUAUUUGCACAGAUUUUCACAUAUGUUUCAUGGUUUUACAUUAUGUGGGAUGAUAUUAUGUAGAAAUCAGUAAAUCACAAAAAAAGACUUAAAAUAUUAAAUAUUCAAAUAUAAUUUUUUCUUGCAUAGUUUGGAUUAUGAGCAUUAAUGUAAAGCAACCUGCUCAUGAUCUUUUACCAAGUAACAGACAGUUUUCACCUCCCAUUUAAAAACCUGCUAAUAUUGUUUUCAUAAACAUUAGUAAUUAUAAGAAUAAUUGCAUUUCAUUGUUCAAGUUUGCAUCAUUAUUCCUUGCCGCUGGCGACCUAACAUAACAAACCUUGAAGUUGUUUUCCAAAUUUGGGUUGCAUCCCCCAGCCGAGAACCUCACUGAGAUGUUGUUUGCAGUCAAUAAACACAUGAUGGUGCUAUUGUCCCUUAAAGAGAUCUCCAUCCUUAAACAUAAUUGCAGGAGUCUGAGUCUUUGUGCAUGGCUAUGUGUGUGAAAGAGAGAUGUCUCUAGAGAGAGAGAAAGAUGCAGGAUUAAAUGAAGAAAACUGAGUUUCACUGAAUCACGUUUCCUGCACAGUAUAUUGUCGGUUAGUUCCUCUGUUAUUUACCCUUAAAGCUACUGUGUGAUCCUUCUUACCGGCACAGCCAAAUGAAAAUGGAUAACGACUGCCCUGGUUUCCACUAAACAAGCACUUUAGCCCUAAACUCAUUGGUUAAGACAGUACUGGUGGGUCGGGAUGUGUAACAAAACAAUAUUGUGAUACCACCACUGACUUUUAGAAAUUUAGACCACAAAUGAUGUACUUAUAGAUUUUGCAAGGAAUGAUAAAACGACAUGUCAGGAUUAAAAGGGAAAUGUAGGAUAAAUGUGUCUGGUGCACAGCAUCUGUUUCAUGUAGGUUGCUAUGAAAUAUAAUUACUGUAAACACAUUAAAGUCUGUGUCCUUCAAAAAUAGUACCUUUAAAUG